AUGCCACAAGUCCCGGUCAUUGUAUGCGAAGUGUUUGACGUUUGGGGCAUGGACUUCAUGGGUCCAUUUCCAUCAUCCUAUGGAAAUUCCUAUAUCUUGGUGGCGGUCGAUUACGUGCCCAAAUGGAUUGAAGAUAAGGCCACGAGCACUUGUGAGUCUAAGGAGGUUGAUAAAUUCUUAAAGAGUAACAUGUUCAGCCGGUUCGGAGUAUCAAGGGCAAUCAUAUCCGAUCAAGGGACUCAUUUCUGCAAUCGUACCAUUGAGGCGCUUAUGAAGAGGUAUGAGGUUCAUCACCGAUUGUCUAGUCCUUAUCACCCGCAAAGUAACGACCAGACUGAGAUAUCUAAUAGGGAGAUAAAAAGCAUCCUGGAGAAAAUGAUUAAUCCUUCAAGGAAGGAUUGGAGUAAAAGGUUGGAAGAUGCGCUAUGGGCAUACAUGACCGCUUACAAAACACCAAUAGGGAUGUCUCCUUACCGCAUAGUCUUCGGGAAGAUGUGUCAUCCGCCAGUGGGAAUUGAACAUCGAGCAUACUGGGCAGUACAACAAGUGAAUAUGGAUACUGGAGCCUGCAAAGAGGAAAGGAAGUUGCAGCUACAGGAGCUGGAGGAACUCAAAUUGGAAUCGUUUGAUUCAGCCAUGUGGUACAAAGGGAGAACAAAACUGUGGCAUGAAAGCGAAGAAGCGGAGAGCACUGAGGGCGAGGCACCAAGGGAAGAAGUAGGAGGAACGGAAAAGGGCGAUAAAGAGGAGAUACCGAUUGCAGAGGUUUCUGUAGAAAAAGAGGCAACGGAGGAGGUAGACCUAAAUAAGAUGGCCAAGAAGCAAGGCCUAAUGACUGAUGAUGAAUUCCAGACAAUCCUGGAGGGAGUGAGAAAAGCAGAGGAGAAUGCUGCCAAGAUGGCUGAGGGUCCGGACCUUGCAUCUGAGGCAGUAGGAAGUAAAAGCCCAGCGAAACCGACAAAAGAACUAGAAGGAACACCCGCCAAGCCAGUAGAGUAG